UAAAAACUAUCGUCUCGGAACCGAAACCGCUGACUGUAACUGUAAGCGGUUUCCCAUUGGUUUAUAAGGUGGAGGGGGAAGAAGCAACUGUCCAUCCAGAAUCCACAAUCUUUUGAGAGGAGAGAUCCACAUCGGCAGGCAGCCAGGCAACUGAGCCAAGGAUGAAGAAGGCGACGUCGCUGUCGGAGCUCGGGUUCGACGCGGACGGCGCGUCGUCGGGGUUCUUCAGGCCGGUGGCGGACGGCGGGUCGACGACGCCGACGUCGCACCGGCGGCGCCUGACGAAGAUCUCGGUCAUCGGCGCCGGCAACGUCGGGAUGGCGAUCGCGCAGACCAUCCUGACGCGUGACAUGGCGGACGAGAUCGCGCUGGUGGACGCGCUGCCGGACAAGCUGCGCGGGGAGAUGCUUGACCUGCAGCACGCGGCGGCGUUCCUGCCGCGCGUGCGCCUCGUCUCCGACACCGACAUGUCCGUGACGCGGGGGUCGGACCUGGCCAUCGUGACGGCCGGCGCGCGGCAGAUCCCCGGCGAGACGCGGCUGAACCUGCUGCAGCGGAACGUGGCGCUGUUCCGGAAGAUCGUGCCGCCGCUGGCGGAGCACUCGCCGGAGGCGCUGCUGCUGAUCGUGUCGAACCCGGUGGACGUGCUGACGUACGUGGCGUGGAAGCUGUCGGGGUUCCCGGCCAGCCGCGUCAUCGGCUCCGGCACCAACCUCGACUCCUCCCGGUUCCGCUUCCUCCUCGCCGAGCAUCUCCAGGUCAACGCGCAGGACGUCCAGGCGUACAUGGUGGGAGAGCACGGGGACAGCUCGGUGGCGAUAUGGUCGAGCAUGAGCGUGGCGGGGAUGCCGGUGCUCAAGUCGCUGCGGGAGAGCCACGAGAGGUUCGACGAGGAGGCGCUGGAGGGCAUCCGGCGCGCCGUGGUGGACAGCGCCUACGAGGUGAUCAGCCUCAAGGGCUACACCUCCUGGGCCAUCGGCUACUCCGUCGCCAGCCUCGCCGCCUCCCUCCUCCGCGACCAGCACCGCAUCCACCCCGUCUCCGUCCUCGCCUCCGGCUUCCACGGCAUCCCCCACGACCACCAGGUCUUCCUCAGCCUCCCCGCCCGCCUCGGCCGCGCCGGCGUCCUCGGCGUCGCCGAGAUGGAGCUCACCGAGGAGGAGGCCCGCCGCCUCCGCCGCUCCGCCAAGACGCUCUGGGACAACUGCCACCUGCUCGACCUCUAAAUCUAAUCUAUCUCUCUCUCUCCCCCCACUACUAAUCCACUCCUACUACUAUCCUAAUCAACAUCAACUACGUACGUCCAAUAAUUCCAUUCAUCAUCACAAGUCAUCCUAUCAAGUAAAAGCGUCAUCGAUCUCAUACUGUAUCCGUAUUUGUGUGCGUUUGCGAUAAAACUGGAACAACGAUCGUUUUCAUUUUGUACUAUCAUGUAAUUUACCA